AUGGAUCGCCAAUCCAAACGCGUGCCGAAACAGAAGCACGACCGCGUCAUUCUCCAAUUCGACUAUGACUGCUUCUACGCACAAGUAUUUGAGAACAAGGACCCAGAGCUGAAGUCGCGAGCGCUGGGGGUGAGGCAAAAGAACAUCCUGGCGACAUGCAACUACAAUGCCCGAAGGCUCGGCGUGAAGAAGUUGAUGCUCGUGUCCGAGGCCAGGAGAAUAUGCAAGGAUCUGGUGCUCGUGGACGGGGAGGACUUGACGCCGUUUCGGGACGUCAGCAAGGUUCUGUUCAAUUUCCUUCGGUCGCACUCGUGGAGCAAUAGAGCAGAGCGGCUGGGGUUCGAUGAAGUGUUUAUGGAUGUAACCGAUGUCAUUGACUACAAUAUCGAAUGCCUCAACACGGGCUGCUUGUCUGAUUCCUUCUUUCACCUCUCCAGAAAAGACCCGCAAGACGGAUUCAAGUGCGAUUUCACCGUCGUUUCGGGCUGUGUCCAGGGUCGCGUGCCAGACGAGGCGCCUCUGGACAACGAGACCUACCUGAGACUGGUGCUGGGGUCUCACCUAGCAAACCAUCUUCGCACAAGGAUAGAAGUAGACUAUGGGUACACUUCUACUUGCGGGAUAUCGACCAACAAGCUCCUAAGUAAACUGGUGGGAAGUCGGAAUAAACCCCGCAACCAGACGACGCUCAUGGCCUUGAAUGAGCAAGAUGUGAUUGCCUUCAUGGACAGCCACAAGACAAGGCAGAUACCGGGACUGGGGCUCAAGACGUCUACGCAACUAGAGUCUCAUGUUCUUGGACAAGAGGUUGACGCGGACUCUCAUUCGUUAACCACGGCGGUUUCCGUUCGACAUGCUCGCCUGCACCCAUCAAUGUCUCCCGGGCUUAUAGAGGCGCUUCUGGCAGGCCCCGGAGCCGAGAAGGGUAUUGGUGUCAAGGUAUGGGGUCUGUUGCAUGGCAUUGAUCCCACAGAGGUCAAAGAGGCUGGUGACAUUCCGUCGCAAAUAAGCAUUGAGGACACGUACAAAGGACUCGAGACCAUCCCUCGCAUCACAGAGGAGCUGCACAAACUUUCAUGUUCGCUCAUCCGGCGAAUGAGAAUGGAUCUCCUUGCUGCAGACCACAGUGCGGAGAAGCCGGGAACACAACGGUGGAUUGCUCGGCCAAAAACCCUGAGGCUUGCAGUCCGAUCAUGGCCGACGAGACGAGGCGGCAGUUCUGCUCCGAAUUUCAGUCGAACAUCCAGAUCUGGCCCGUUGCCAAACUUGGUCUUUGACGCAUUGGCAGAUGUGGACGCGCUGGCCCAGAAGCUGGUGGCAGAAGCCCUCCUGCCUCUUCUGCGGCGGCUUCAACCCGAUCAAGGACCACCCAGGUGGAACUUGCAGUUGAUUAAUGUAUGUGUCGCAAACAUGGUUGCCGGUGCGGGAGAUGACAAGCAAGGCUCAGGACGGGAUAUUUCCGCCAUGUUCAAGAGGCAAGAUGAAGUGCUUCGUCCGUUUAAGCUGCCGGAGCCAGUAUCCGACGAUGAAUCGAGGGCUGAAGCCAACGCGGAUGAUGUGGAAAGCCUAGAGUGCGGUCUGGACUGGGGCGACGCAGACCAUUCUGUUUGUCAAGACUGCGGCCAUUGGUUGCCGCCCUUUGCCAUGCCAGCGCAUGUGAGAUACCAUGAAAUGGGAGAAUAG